CAAGUAUUCUCCGCCUCCGUUCGGAAAAGAAUCCGCCGGAUAUCUUGGGCAGUCGAAGAUAACGAAGUUUCACACUUAGAUUGAGAUGCAAGACAAUGCCGCGGUAAACAACCAGGAUAACGCGUUGCCUCGCAAGAAGUUUUACCGCGCGCGAGCGCACUGCAAUCCAUUGAGCGAUUCGCACAUACCAACCCCUAUCAAACCUCAAGAGUACAAGUGGGAGAGAGAGUAUCGCGAGUUCUUGAGUGCUUCAAUACAUGCCAACUCCGCUGAGAAACCACUGGUUCAGUUUGCAGAUGUUGGUUGUGGGUUUGGAGGGUUACUCAUCCGCUUAGCGCAACUCUUCCCACGCAACCUUGUAGUCGGCUUUGAGAUACGGGAUAAAGUAAGUCAGUUUGUCAGACGACGAUGCUUGGCGCUGAGACAAGAGCAACCAGGGAGAUAUGAUAAUAUCUCAUGUGUUCGUUCUAACACGAUGAAAAAUCUCGCUAAUUUCAUGAGGAAAGGCCAGCUUACCAAGCUGUUCUUCCUUUUUCCAGACCCUCACUUUAAGGUUGCAAAUCACCGGCGGAGAAUAAUCCAGUCCAGCUUACUUGCUGAAUUUGCAUACACGCUGGCUAUAGGAGGUCGUGUUUAUACAGUCACUGACGUGGCGGAGCUUGCUUCUUGGAUGACAGCAAAAAUCAAUUCACAGCCUUGUUUUGAACGUGUCUCAACAGAAGAUUUGGAAGAAGAUCCAGUGGUUCCACUGCUAAUUAGUAGUACAGAAGAAGGCAGAAAAGUUGAGCGCAAUCAUGGCUGCACCCGACAUCAGCACGAUUGUAAUAGCCUUCAAAUAGGGGCAGGCCUUAUUCAGCUGUUCGGAGUCGUAGCUUGUACCGUGUCUUCAGCUUUUCCUGCAACUCUCCACAUUUUUCACCUCGACGAGAGAUGGAAAAUUCACCAGGAGUUGACAAGUCAACGAUUGUGGAACCACUUCUUUCUGAGUAUAUUUGCCCUCCAUCCAGCACAGCGGCACACUCGAUCCAAAUGUCUUCGAAUUCGUGCACGGCGAGAGUGCUACUGGACCCACUUUCAUUGGCAGAAGUCAACGCUAAAGCAUGACCAUACUUUCUUGCCAGGGCCGUGAUGAAUUCCGAAUUCGGAACUCUGAUUCCCAGUAAAGUCAAACCAGGAUUCAGGUGUGCAGUCAGACAAGAUCCAGUCUUCCUCGCAAGCAAUAUUGUGAAAGGACCGGGAAGUAAAUCUUCAAGAAGACCAAUUUCAAGGUGUUCUGUAUGUGCAUAUUUUGUAAUGACCUGGGCGUCACUGACGCAUAUCGCGAGUGGAACUGUUAUGGGUCGCUGUUUUGCUGCAUAAAGUUUUUUUAUGCUAUUUUCUGAUGAAGCACUCGCGGCAAGACCGUAAAGGGUGUCCUCAGCCAGACGCCUUCCUGUCGCAGGUAACAAGCGUGGAAUUGAUGCUGAAGUAGUAUCAGCUCUAAGGGCACGUCUCAAAUGCGUUCGUUGGUGACUACUAGUCAACCAUGACCUUCUACAGAAGUAUUUGACCUGAAAACUUCUUAUUGAAGCCACACACGUGCUCCCGGAAAUCCUCUGAUGAAACUGCAUCCAUGCACGAAAUACUAAAGGUGUCCUCG